GACAACCAGAAUCACCAUAAAUGUAUUAUCUUGAAAAGUUGUUAACUUUUGUGCGUUCAAGACAGACAAAAUGCAGAUUCAACUGGGCCUGUUAGUUGUAAUGAUAUUCGUUUUUGAAGUGGUUUCCGGGAAACAAUAUUGUCAAAAAUAUGUUGUCAAAGGGGGUUGGAUAAAUCAGGUUAGAUCUUGGGAGAAUGCCAGAAAAGCGUGUAAAAAAUUGGGAAUGUCUCUUGUGAAGAUAGAUCACAGAGCAGAGGAUAAAUUUUUACGCAAAUUCCUGAAGAAAGAAAUGUCUUUAGGUUUCCUCGAUGGAUGGUACAUUGGAGGAGUUUAUAGCCAGGGUAGCUGGAAGUGGACAGAUAAGUCCCCAAUGUUUUAUAAAAAUUUUGCUGCAGUGGAACAAAGAGAAUUUUCACUCUCUCAAGAUGUCACGAAUUACGCAUUUAUCAAAAAAGAUGACUACAAAUGGGGAUAUGUCUCUCCGUUUGGUACCCAAAGAAUGGGUUAUAUUUGCGAAAGUACAGAUUGUAAUCCAGAGAUACUUCCCAUUUGUCCUUACCAAUAAAUCUAUUUAA